ACUAGUGCAGAACGCUAUAGUGAAACUUUCAAUUUCCAAUCCUGGACAUCUUGUUUUAACAAAGAAUUUCAAGCUUCUGAGUUCCAGUUGUGUUUUGCCUCCUUUCAUCUGAGAAAAGCAUCUUAUCACCACAGUCUUAAGAUUCUUUUGAGGUACAUCCAGAUUUAAUUAUAAAAGAGCUAAAAGACCAACACAUUUUUCUCCAAAACAGUCAUUUCUCUGGAAGUGAGAUUAUUUGUCUCUGCCCUUUAGUUUAAAGGGAAUAGUCAAUUGAUUUUUUCAGACAUUUGAAUAGAACAGUAUAAUUGACUAACAUCUAAUCAGACUAAAUACACUUAGAAUGUGUCUGUUCACUUGCUUAGAGUUGUACCACUUUGUAAGCACCACUCCACAAAAUGAAAAUGUCUGAAAUGCAACUGUUCAAACAUUUUUAGUGCUUGCUGGAUAAUGGCCUGGAAUUUAAUAAAAGCAGCUGACAACUAACAAAGAAGCAAAAACUGGCAUUUUGGCCAUUUUAGUAUCACACUUGCAAGCAAAUGGAGUACAAAGCAGGCUGGGAAAAGUUGUGAAUCACUUCCAUAGCUACUGAUUUUGAGUUUCUGCAGGAGAGCUAACAAAACUCUCCAGAAAAUGUUAACCUUCAAUUAAUAAAAAACCCCAAACAUCUUCAGGAAUUCCAUGCCUGGUUCAGUCUGUUCCAGUGAGUCCAUUUGCUAAAAAUCCACACUGCACCAUUAAUUAGUUAGGCCUGGCAGCACCAUUUAAAAAUAAGCCUGUUCACUACCAACCACACAGACUAGGGAUACAAAAUAGGAGCAAGUAAUGGAUGGCAACUGCAGUUGUGGAAAAAUGGUCAAAGGGUCAGAAAAGUUGUCUGGCACUGGUACAAGUGGCAGAAAACAAAGAGUAGCUGGGCCAAAAAUUAAAUAAGCUUCCUGAUACUAGAGAACACAUCCACCUCUAAUUGUAGCUGCUUUAUAUCGGGUGCCCUUGUACCAUAUGCAUCAGCCACUUUUCAGGCUCCCCAUGGUUAAAGUAAAGGGAAAAUACAGAAUAGAAGCCAAGCAGGGGAGUGUUGUUACCCCGAAUAUCCGUUCGUUAUGCAUAGAAACAGCUCACAUAUCCCAGGGACUCAAACAGGGGCUUAAAUUGGUUGUGAAGGGUCCCAAAUGACAUCUAGGCCUCAGUUUCCUCCCUGUGGCAUAAAGGAAUCGUUGUUAACUAUUCCGCAUCACAGCCCCCUUUGAAACUUGCUAGCGAUGGAUCAUUAUUCCCCUAAAACGCAAAUUCCCAAAAAUUUCUGCAUACAAUUUCAGGGAGUUUGGGAACCUCCAACUCCAAUCCAAGGUCCUCAGGUUCAAAAUACAAGGAUUGGAUAAUUGCUAAGUUCUCUUACAACUCAAAAAACAUCACAAACAAUAAUCCUUUACGUACAACCAACGCUUUGUAGUUUACAAAGCACUUUCAAUUCCACACACAUUGACAGGCAGAGGAGGAAACUGAGGCGCAGACAAAUUACAGAGUGACUUGCCUAAGGUCACUCGGCCAACUGGUGGCUAGGCCCGGAAGCAAACUCAAGUCUUCCGACUCCGGGGCGCUUCUUCCCACCCCGGAGCUGCCGCCAGACCUCCCGCCCCUCACUAAGGCGGCAUGAGGAGGAAAAGGCAAAGUAGAAAGCCCACCACCAACCAUCCUCCGGCCCCCUCCUGCUCCCCCAACUGGGUCCUUGCAGGCCCGGAAGGGUGGCGCCAGGCCUCCAGGCCGGCCCCGGCCACCCCCGCCUCCCCGGCCGCGCCAAAUCCCGCUGCUGCCGCUGCCUCCCCCGGAGCGGGGCGGAGCAGCUGCCCCCCGCCACCGACCACCCGGACGACUCCUCGCCGGAUCGCAAACGCAUAGGCCGCCGCCCGAGUUCUUCGUACAAGAAGAAAAACGCGGCGCGAGCGCCAACGGCCACCGGGCGCGCGCCGCGGCGGCCGGGCCUGCGCCCCAAGAGCUGGAUGCCAGAGCAGGAGAAAGAGCCGCCAACCGAUCGCUCGAUCGACCGCGCGCCCACUCCUUCGCCCUACCAGACCGGGGAGGGGGGGAGGGCGCGCCAGGGCUUCUUCGAGUUAGGGGCCUGACUCCCCGGCGCCGAGACAAGAUGGCUCCUCCGGUCCGCGCCGCAGCUACCGUCCCGGCUGCGUCGCUCGGCCCGCCCCCGGUACUGUUUCUUUAAAUGGCGGAGAGGGUCAGGAAAGCAGGAAGAGAGGCGCGCGCAUUCACGUGACAGGGGCGGACCCGCCAAACCUAGAUCCGGUCACGUGAGAAUGUCCUACCCGCCAAUCAGAAGGCGGUGCAUCAGGGCGGGGGCGGGAGGAGCUGAGGUUUUUUGAUUGGUGGAAUGCUCCGUGGAGGCCUCAGGGGCUUGGGGCGUCGGGAAGUGUGCUAGGUGGUUUGGGCUGUGUGCACCAGCGGAGACAAAGCGGUGGCUCUGGUGGCGGUAGCUGUUGUGGUGGAGGCGGCAGUGCUUUUCUAAACGCCGAAUUUCGCGGCGCUGAAUCCUGACAUCAUCUCAUCCAGCGCGGCGCGCGAGGGCGGUGGCAGCGGCGGCGGCAGCAGCACAUGGUUCCGAGAGCGCGCUGCGGUUGUUUGGUUCCAAUUCCGCGGGGAGGGACAAAGGCAUCAGUGAGCGCCGGGCAACGCCCGGUCUGGUGGUGCGGUUGCCACUGCUCUUGUUCCUGUCUGUGAACACUGGGACUACUUGCCGCGAGGAGGAGACCACGAGACUGAGGCCCGGGAAGGGUCUGAGAGGCUAAGGCUGUCUGAGGGAGGGGGAGGGGCGCGGGCCGCCUGAAGUGAUUUGGGCGGGUCAGUUGUGAGGCGUUUUAAAAGCCAUUGUGAAGUAAUUUGACCCACCACCCUGAGGGGAUUAGGGCGGGACAGCAAACUGGGCUUAAUCGGGCUUUGAAAAAAUAAAUUGUCAGCGCUUUCCACUUGGGGAGGUGAAGCCGGAACUUGUGCCACAUGCACUCCGUGGACAUCUUGGUCUCUAAUCUAGGGCCUGUUUAAGAAACCUGACAUCACUAGUAGUGAAGACAUGGGUGAUUGUUAAGUUUUCUGACAAAAGAGGGUACAUUUCCGGAUUGGUAAGUUUUCAGAGUGGUAAAUUUUGGGGGGAAAAAACGGCUCAAAGAACACGAAGAUGGAGCAGUGAUAAACUGCCAACUCAAGGACUAUCUACUCCAAGACCAUUCACUUUUGGUUCAGAUUGCCCGGAUUGAGCUGUCGCAACUUAACGCUAAAGGAAAGCUCUUUGGGACUGCCAGUUUAUGACGUAGUUCAUUCUGAGAAUAUUACGUCAUAGUAACCGAGAAGAGGGAAAAAACACUUGAAGAAAUCACUUUUACUUUUAAACAUCUAUUUGAAUAAUAUUUUGGAUAGAUACUAGGUGAUUUUGGUUAACUCAUUAAGGAGCACAGACUUACUAAACCUUUGUUGGAAAGAAUCCUGGAAAAAACGAAUACAUCAUAAGGUACCUAGUUAGUCGUAAAAGACUGGAGACCUCAUUGCAGUUAUGGCUUUCACAAAUUACAGCAGUCUGAAUCGAGCUCAGCUAACGUUUGAAUAUCUGCACACAAAUUCAACCACUCAUGAAUUCUUAUUUGGUGCUCUUGCUGAACUGGUUGAUAAUGCAAGAGAUGCUGAUGCCACCAGAAUAGAUAUUUAUGCAGAAAGGCGAGAGGACCUUCGAGGAGGAUUUAUGCUUUGCUUUUUGGAUGAUGGAGCAGGAAUGGAUCCGAGUGAUGCUGCCAGUGUGAUCCAGUUUGGGAAGUCGGCCAAACGAACUCCUGAAUCCACUCAGAUUGGGCAGUAUGGGAAUGGGUUAAAAUCGGGCUCAAUGCGCAUUGGGAAGGAUUUUAUCCUCUUCACCAAGAAAGAAGACACCAUGACUUGCCUCUUCCUGUCUCGCACCUUUCAUGAAGAAGAGGGCAUUGAUGAAGUGAUAGUCCCAUUGCCUACCUGGAAUGCUCAGACCCGGGAACCUGUCACAGACAAUGUGGAGAAGUUUGCCAUCGAGACAGAACUUAUCUAUAAGUACUCUCCCUUUCGCAAUGAGGAGGAAGUAAUGACCCAGUUCAUGAAGAUUCCUGGGGACAGUGGAACACUGGUGAUCAUCUUUAAUCUCAAACUCAUGGAUAAUGGAGAGCCAGAACUAGACAUAAUCUCAAAUCCAAGAGAUAUCCAGAUGGCAGAGACCUCUCCAGAGGGCACGAAGCCAGAGCGGCGCUCAUUCCGUGCCUAUGCUGCUGUGCUCUAUAUUGAUCCUCGGAUGAGGAUCUUCAUCCAUGGGCAUAAGGUGCAGACCAAGAGGCUCUCCUGCUGCCUGUACAAACCCAGGAUGUACAAGUACACGUCAAGCCGUUUCAAGACGCGUGCAGAGCAGGAGGUGAAGAAAGCAGAGCACGUAGCAAGGAUUGCUGAAGAGAAGGCACGGGAGGCAGAGAGCAAAGCUCGGACAUUAGAACUGCGCCUAGGUGGAGACCUCACUCGGGACUCUAGGGUGAUGUUGCGACAGGUGCAGAACACAGCUAUCACCCUGCGCAGAGAAGCUGAUGUCAAGAAGAGGAUCAAGGAGGCCAAGCAGCGAGCACUUAAAGAACCUAAGGAACUGAAUUUCAUUUUUGGGGUGAACAUUGAACACCGGGACCUUGAUGGCAUGUUCAUCUACAACUGUAGCCGCCUGAUCAAGAUGUAUGAGAAAGUGGGUCCACAGCUGGAAGGGGGCAUGGCCUGUGGUGGGGUUGUUGGGGUUGUUGAUGUGCCCUAUCUGGUUCUGGAGCCUACACACAACAAGCAGGACUUUGCUGAUGCCAAGGAGUACCGACACCUACUGCGAGCUAUGGGGGAGCACCUGGCGCAGUACUGGAAGGAUAUUGCUAUUGCCCAGCGGGGUAUCAUCAAAUUCUGGGAUGAAUUUGGCUACCUCUCUGCCAAUUGGAACCAGCCCCCAUCCAGUGAGCUGCGUUAUAAACGCCGGAGAGCUAUGGAAAUCCCGACCACCAUCCAGUGUGAUCUGUGUCUAAAGUGGAGAACCCUCCCCUUCCAGCUGAGUUCUGUGGAAAAAGAUUACCCUGACACUUGGGUUUGCUCCAUGAACCCUGAUCCUGAGCAGGACCGGUGUGAGGCUUCUGAACAGAAGCAGAAGGUUCCCCUGGGAACAUUCAAAAAAGACUCAAAGACACAGGAAGAGAAGCAGAAACAGCUGACUGAGAAAAUUCGCCAGCAGCAGGAAAAGCUGGAGGCCCUUCAGAAAACCACACCUAUACGCUCCCAAGCUGACCUGAAGAAAUUGCCCUUGGAAGUGACCACCAGACCUUCCACUGAGGAACCUGCACGUAGACCUCAGCGUCCUCGGUCGCCCCCUUUACCAGCUGUGAUCAGGAAUGCCCCGAGCAGACCCCCUUCCAUGCAAACUCCCAGACCAGCCAGCCAGCCUCGAAAGGCUCAUGUUAUCAGCAGCACCCCAAAGCCCCCUGCCUUGGCAGCUCGGGAGGAGGCUGGUACAUCAAGACUGCUCCAGCCACCUGAGGCACCCCGAAAACCUGUGAACACACCAGUCAAGACUGCUCCCCGGCCUACCCUUCCAAUGCAGCCACUGUCACCAUCUCCACUGCCCAACUCCAAGAGCAGCCGAGAGGUUUCUGCCUCUAAAGUCAUCAAGACUCCAGUGGUCAAGAAGCCAGAACCACCCACUAAACUCCCCCCAGCUGCCCCUGGUCGAAAGCGAAGUCUUGGGGUCUCUGAUGAGGAAGAAGCAGAGGAAGAUACUGAGAGGAGGAAGGAGAAGUACAAGCGGGGCAAAUUUGCUGUGAAGGAGGAAAAAAAGGACCUGAAUGAGCUCUCAGACAGUGCUGGGGAAGAGGAUUCAGCUGAGCUCAAGAUGGCUCAGAAGGAUAAAGGGCUGCACGUGGAGGUGCGUGUAAACAGGGAGUGGUACACAGGCCGGGUUACAGCUGUGGAAGUGGGCAAGAAUGUUGUGCGAUGGAAGGUGAAAUUUGACUACGUGCCCACCGACACGACACCAAGAGACCGCUGGGUGGAGAAAGGCAGUGAGGAUGUGCGACUGAUGAAGCCUCCUUCUCCAGAGUAUCAGAGCCCUGAUACACAACAGGAAGGUGGGGAGGAGGAGGAGACCAGGAUGGCCCAGCAGGCGGUAGCCAUGGUGGAGCCCUGCACUUCUGAGUGCAUUGGCAUUGAGCCUGACACCACUGCCCCAAACACCAGCCAUGAGACCAUUGACCUGCUUGUCCAGAUCCUCCGGAAUUGUUUACGGUACUUCCUGCCUCCAAGUUUCCCCAUUUCAAAGAAGGAACUGAGUGUUAUGAAUUCAGAUGAGCUGAUAUCUUUUCCUCUGAAAGAGUACUUCAAGCAGUAUGAAGUGGGGCUGCAGAAUCUCUGCCAUUCCUACCAAAGCCGUGCCGACUCACGGGCCAAGGCUUCUGAGGAAAGCCUGCGCACCUCCGAGAGGAAGCUGCGUGAGACAGAGGAGAAGCUACAGAGACUGAGGACCAACAUCGUGGCACUCCUGCAAAAGGUGCAGGAGGACAUAGACAUUAACACAGAUGAUGAGCUGGAUGCCUACAUUGAGGACCUCAUCACCAAGGGGGACUGAGUGCAGGAGCUGGAGAUCAGCUCCUUUGUUGCCCACCUGCCUUUCAACUCAGCAGCUUUGGGGGUGGGGAUUUAUUCAUGGGUUGGUGGACUUACUUUGGUUUGAUUCAUAUGGGACAUUUGUGCUUUUGGAGGGAAAGAUAUUCUGAUUCUUUGAAUCUUCCUCCCUAAGUUUAUAAAUAUUUAUUUUUUAAAAGAA